ACCAUCGUCACAUCAAAUCACUCCCAAGGUAGUCGUGGUGAAGAAGUCUCAACAACUAUUGAGAAGAUCGUCGGAUACCGAUUGCGAAAGACGUGUAAAAUUACUCCUGUACAGCAAAUCGACGACAGUACUCGCUAAUGCUUCCCUUUCUCCCUAUAAAUGAUAACCUGCAAAGAUGUUAAAUCGUGGAAAGACACAAAAAGAUAAUAUUCGUGCAAAGAUCAAGCAUGAAAAUGCAAGAUUAGGAGCAGGAACGGAGAUGGGAGGUAUGCCAAACAAUCGUGUUGGUGUGGAAAUGUUGCAUGGAUCGAGCGGAGAGAUGAGCGCCAGUGGCAGUGGACCGUACUCGGCUGGCGUGACUGGAUCUGCGUCUGCUGGACCUGCACAUCAGUAUAUGCAACAUACUCAUAAUCUCGGAGCUGGACCUUCAUUCGUUUCUUUGAGCCCGUCUGAUAGUAUUUCCAACUUUGAAGGAAGGCCAGGACAAUAUCCUGGUAUGAACUCUGCUGGUGGACAUGCAGGCGCACAAAGUGUCACUGGACAACUUUUUGAGCCAAGUGCAGGAAGUACGGCAAGCUUUGCAUUAGGAUUAGGAGAUCCAAAUGCAGCUGCAAAUGCUCCUUUGAGACCGGCAAGAAGUAUGAGAAGACCGCAACGGAUGAGCGUUUUAAGUCAAGGUGCAUCGAAUGAUUCAAAUACAAUGUCACCUUUGCGAAACGCACACGGUAUGCAUUCUUCUGAGAGUACAGCAGAUACGCCAGUCGGACGCAACUUGGUCUUGAGACCUGAAAGGGCAGACAGUGGGGGUUAUGACUCAAUGCGAAGCAGUGAUACGACACACGUUGCACCUGCAGCAGAUCGUCAUGCGAAAAGUGCAAGGCUGAUGGCACAGGUGAAUCGAAUGGAAGGCAAUGACGGACGAGAGACACCAAUGAGUGAUCUAUCUGAUCAGGAGGACGGUGAUGGAUAUGGUGGAAACAAUAAUGGUCUUUUGAGUGCCUCAAACGUUCCUUCCGGUGGACCAUCGCCAACUUCACCGCCGCUAGGUAGUCUGACGCAAGAACAAAGCCCUUCAGCUCUAGGAAGCGUUUUGUCUGCUUUGAGUUCGGCUGGAAGGAAGCAGGGACAAGCGAGAAUCUUGCGUGGAACGACAGCUGAAGAAGAGAGCAGACGAAGAAGGAUCGAGAGAAAGGUUGAAGCAGCUCGAACUCGUGAAUCUAAACCGUUGGAGUCUUAUGUCGAUCGUGAUGAUGAAAAGGCGUUCCGACAAAUUUCUGCCGUUUUGCGCAAAUCGAAAGCUGAAUGGGACUUCCUCGUGGAUGAUGACUUCAAUUCAGUUUCUUUGGCUUUCUCUUUACUCGAUGAAAGCUCACUUGGCGCAAAUCGAGAUGAUUUCGAGGACAUGAAAGAACUGAUCGAAAGAGCACUGCAAGGAACUGUGGACGAUCACUAUGAAUCAUUUGCAACUGCUAUCUCUUUGCAUAACAAUGUGAUCAACUCGUUUGGCUCGGCGCAGAAUGGAGUGUCAAGUGCCCGAAGAAGGUUGCGUGAUGCACGAGAAGCAUUGGGAGCAAAACGAGCCGAUUUAGUGCAAUUGUGGCACCGGUCACAAGGCGUGAAGGAAAGCUUGCGUCUUUUGGACAUGAUUGAGAACUUGAAAAGCGUUCCUGACCGACUUGAAUCUUUGAUGGCCGAGAAACAGUUUCUGGAAGCCGUCAAUCUGCUGACGAGAGCCUCAAAGAAUUGUGAGAAAGCCGAUAUCCUCGAAGUUGGCGCAACGAGCGAUUUGCGAGCUUACCUUAAAGGACAAGAACAAGCUAUGUUUGACAUUCUCAUUGAAGAAUUGCACAAUCAUUUGUACCUCAAAAGCUACUUCUGUGAUGCAAGAUGGAAGUCGUAUACGCCUGGUCAGACAUCUUUGCCAAACGUAGACUUCGGUCAAGAGUACGAAGAGCAAGGCAAAAAUGAGGCCGGAGACGAGACUGAAAGAGUAGAGAUUGAUAUGGGCUCAUUCACGCCCAAGCCACAAAAUGAAGAUCGUCCGCUUAAAAUCUUUCGAUACCUCAAAUCUCUCAGUGUUAGACCUGCGCCCGAUUCCAACAUGGCAGGCGAUCUGGAGAUUGGCAUGACGCCAGCUUAUAAUAAGGAAAUGGGAGCAGCGAUGGCGACCUCACAAAGCACAGACAAUAUGGCAGCAGGUGGAGCUACAAAUGGUGCAGGUAAUGGAGAUUCGGGCAACUAUCAACAAUCGAAUCCUGAAACGGAUUCAUUCUUGUAUAUUGAAAUGUUACUCGAAUCAUUGGCAAAGUUAGGCAAGAUCAAACUUACACAAGAAGUGAUCUUGCAAAGAUUGCCUACCGAACUCCAUCAAUUGGUUGACGCAACAAUUGAUGAAGUAGAUUCUCGCAGUGAGAUGAUGCGUAGGUCUAGUGUUGCCAUCGUUCGAGCGGAGAGUUUGUUACUGGCAAGUUCUUCUGCUUUGGCACGUAGUUUCGCAGAAAGUGCGAGAAAUAGCUUCCGCAGCUCCUUUACUGGUUUAGGCAAUACGGCCAUGCGAUUACCCACAAUGGAGUCUAAUCAAGUUGAAAGGGAUUGUGAAACGAUGAGAGAUCUAUUUUGGACAUUGUUCAGUAAAUUGGACGCAGUCUUACAAGGACAUAGAGUUGUCUUUGAGGUGAUCACAAAGAUCAGUAGUCGUGGUGCCUCUUCGGCAUACAAAGCGGUCAAGGUGGGAAGACCAGCAAGUUUGAUCGAAAUCUGGAGACCUUUGCAAACAGAAGUACGAACAUUGUUGCAUGAGCAUUUGGUUGACGAAUCGGAAGGAUCUUCUGCAAGGCGAAACGCAGUCGUUUCUGUUAAUGAAGUCUUACGUCAAGGUAGCUUCCAACGUGAUCGAUCAAAAUCUUUGUUCCGUCUGGCAGCCGAUUCUGCGCCAAAACCUGGUGUACAUCUGAGCCGUAAAGAUUUCGCACCUUUACGUAGACAUGAAGAAGCUUUGACGAAUGCCUUGCGUGCUUCCGUGCCUGGUUUGGUGGGAGGUGCAGAUGCGACGGGCAAUUCUGCUGCCGUGUUCCAACAACAACAUCAGCAACAGCAGCAGCAACAACAAUUGAUGACCUUAAAUCAAUCAAGAAGUGGCUUUGUCGAUGGAGCGGGACACAAGCUGCUCGUCAAGCCGGAUGCCUUCAAUAUCUCUGUCUUGUUCCAACCUGCUUUGGCAUUCAUUGAGCGUGUCAAGAUGCUAUUGCCUCCAGAAGCGGCUGGUCGCGAAGGGGAAUCGAGUGGUACAAACGGUGAGAAUGGUAUGCCCAGCACAGGCUUCAGCCGUUUCUUGGACGAAUUCGUUCGAGAUGUGUUCCUAAGCCAGUUGGAGGACAAAGUGCAAUCUCUUUUCACAACAGCAGUUGGUGGCGCAGACGCAUUUCAAGAGGAUACGAUGCACAAGACCCGUACGCUCGGUCGUCCAAUCGCUCGAUCUGUGGCUAAUGUGAUCGUAUUGAUUGAUAGUUUGUAUGCUAUGUUGCGUACUACACCUUUCCAUCGAGAAAGUUAUUCGCUCUUGAUCAUUCAAACGAUCGUGCAAUACUAUCAAAAAUGCUAUGAUAGAUAUCGAGAUCUAAUCUUGCAGGAUACACCUGCCUCCGACUCAACUCCAGCUCCAAGUACAAGCUCAAACGCCAUUCGUCUGUCAGCAAUGUGGGCACAAAGACCGGAGAUAAGCAAUUGUUUGGUGGAAAUGCUUGAUGAUACUGCAACGCCGAAAAGAAGAAAGCAAUUGAUGAAUCUGGAGAAUUCGUUGGAGUUGCAACUGACCAAAACAUUGCGCAAGACCAGUACAGCAAGUGAGGAAAGCGCAUCGAAAUCAGGCACCAUCUCUUUACUUGAUCUAACGACCAGCAGGAAGAAAUUGAUGGCUUUGGGAAACCUUCAUCACACUCUGCUUUGGUUUUAUGAUCACAUUACCAAGCUGAAAGCUGUAGGAUUGAAGGAUGCGGAAUCGUCUGUUGCGCAUGCUGCUGUUGCACGUUUAUCAGUCGUUGCUGGCUCUCUGCAUCCCAUGUUACCCAAAGAGGACGAUGAGAAGGUGGAAGACGAGCUCAAGCUGCCUCUCAGUCAAGCUAUGAUAAGAAGGUAUGAGGCAUUGCCGAAAACGUUCCAACAUUUGUCUCAUCUGGUUUUGUUCACGUUACGGCUGGAAGUUCGUGCACGUACGAUUCAUCACUUGGACUUGGCCAUCAAUGAAGGUAACUAUCUAGUGGAAGAUGCAGUCCUUGAGCCUGAUCCGCAUAUCGUUGAUCUCAAUGCGGAGUUGGCUUCAUUGGAUGACAUUUUCGCAGAAACAAUCUUGCCGCAACAUCAUCGAUUCUUGUUUAGCGGUUUGGCAUCUUUGAUGGAUUUGCAAUUAUGCAAAGCCAUUCGAAAAGUUCGUUUCAUUAAUCGUCACGGAUUGACAAAGAUGAUUCGUAAUAUCAUGGCUCUACAACAGAAUUUACGUAACAUCGUCCCUGCAGUCAAUGAUGGAUUUGAACGUUGUCGUAAAUUAUGGGAAUUGGUUGGCAAAACGCCUGAUGAAGUUUUGGGUACGAUUCGACAAACGGGUGCACAACAUUCGUUUGAAGAAUAUCAUGCGGUUUUGAAAUUGAUUUUAGGAUUGGAAAACGGACAAACGAAUCAAGCACAAACGCCAACGUCUACUUUGAGUAACUUUGCUGCUCAAGAAGGUCAAGGACCAUUACCGCCUAAUGCAAAUUUAAGACCGGGUACCGUUGAACAAAAAGGAGAAGUUUCACGACAAAAGAUUGAUGAAUAUUUGAUCGAAUUACACGAAGUAGCAGGAGAAGCUUUUUAA